GGCUACUGAAGCUGAAAAAGAGGCGGACAGCUGGUCCGCACAAUGAGAAAUAGCACUCUUCAAGUGUAGGUUUUUAUCCUCAGAAAACAGUUCAGUUUUUAAAAUUAAUACAGGCGGGCACUCGGCCGACAUUACAGCCUGUCUUUCGGUGUAUUGUGUAGCCGCGAGAGAUCAGAUAAAACCCAAAGAGCGAGGAUGUUGGUCCCCGCGGGAAGAUAAUGAAGAGGCUGCGCGUUUUGUUGGUGUGCCUCAUUGUAGCUCUCCUGUGCUGGUACCCCAGUCAACAUGUGUAUUGUUCAGAGCAGAGCUUGUCUGGCCCAGGUCGGUCUGCCCAGGACAAAGACCCCGACAGCCACGAGCAGGAGCAGGACUCCACACAAAACAAGGUGGUGGAAGAAUGGGCGACACAUACAUCAUACGAUAUGGGAUUAGAGACAGAGAGAGCAGCGCUAGAGAAGCUAGCAGAACAGAACAUACACCAUGAACAGACUGUGAAUCCACAGGAACCCGAGGUGGAAGAGACGAGGUCAGACCCCGAGUCAGAUACUGUACCCGUUGCUCCUGAGCCAGAACCUACCCCAGAACCCCAGACUGACUUGGACCUGCAGACUCUCACCCAGGACCAUGACCAGGAAGCUCCAGUGUCCCCAUCUCCAGAACCAGUUCUAGCACAGGGCCAAGUGUCCACAGAUGCCCCAACCCUAGCAGAGACCUCCAGUGAUGCCCAUGCUGCAAAUCCAAGCCUGGACUCAAACCCAGCCACAUCCCCAGAUGAAGCUGAAAACUCACCUACCUCACAGAGUGCAGGCCCGACCCACACAGGUGCAGUGUGGGUUGCCAGUGCAGGAGAUGAACUCCCAGUAGACAGCUUUGUCUUUGCUGAGCACUCUGAUUCACAGUGCGGGGUCAUUCCCCCCGAACUGGCAACCUGUGAAAACUCCCCUUUUGGCAGCCCUCUCUUCAGUGUGGAUGAGGCUGUCAUAGAGGACCAGCGGUCAGACCAGAAGCACAGUUCUGGUCCAGAAGCAGAAGUUCAGUCCACUCCAGUCCUAGUGGACCAGGAACAACAACAACAACAACAACGGCGCCAGGAGUUGGAGGAUGGUUUGGAACAGGAGGGCAAUGCCUCCCACCCCCACCAAGAACAGCAGACUGGGGAGGCCAACGUUGUCAAUGAUCCCUCGGUGCCCAGCAAAGAGGACAUCCCCACUUUCGAUGAGUGGAAGAAGCAAGUCAUGAAGGUGGAGAAAGAGAAAAGUCAGUCUCUCCAUACCUCAACCACCGGCGUCCCCCAUCCAGUAAAGAAGGUCCAGAAAAACUUCAAGAAUAACUACGCUUCUGUGGAGUGUGGUGCCAAGAUACUCUCUGCCAACACCGAGGCCAAGAGCACUUCAGCUAUUCUCAUGGAGAAUAUGGACCUUUACAUGCUAAAUCCAUGCAGCAACAAAAUCUGGUUUGUGAUAGAGCUCUGUGAGCCCAUUCAAGUCAAGCAGCUGGAUAUCGCUAACUUUGAGCUCUUCUCGUCGACACCUAAAGACUUUCUAGUCUCUAUCAGUGACAGAUAUCCCACCAACAAGUGGGUAAAGCUGGGUACUUUCCACGCCCGUGAUGAGCGGAUAGUCCAGAGUUUCCCGCUGGAUGAACAGCUUUACGCUAAAUAUGUCAAGAUGUUCAUCAAGUACAUAAAGGUUGAACUCCUCUCUCACUUUGGAUCAGAACACUUCUGCCCCCUCAGUCUCAUCAGGGUGUUUGGUACCAGCAUGGUGGAGGAGUAUGAGGAGAUAGCAGAUUCCCAGUACCCCUCAGAGAGACUGGAGUACUUGGAUGAAGACUAUGACUAUCCUCCUGGCUACCAACCGUCAGAGGACAAGGCCUCUAAAAACCUGCUUGGUUCAGCAACCAAUGCCAUCCUAAACAUGGUAAACAACAUUGCUGCUAACGUGCUUGGUGGAAAGCCAGAGCUGGAGGGUGGAGCAGAAUCAGGAGGUAACACAACAGCAGAGGGGAAUGAAAAGACGGGGAACACAGACGCUAAAGCUAAACCAGCCGAAGCCCCACGUGACUCUGCAGUACUGGAGCCUGCAAAGCCAGAACAAGCUGCGACUGAGGAAGACUCAUCCGUCUCCGGCGACUCUUCCACAUCUUCCCCCUCAUCAUCUGACUCCGAUGAGGAUAGACAGAUUGUCACUCUGGUUGAGGAGGAGGAGGAAGAAGAGCCCAGACAGUCGACUGUCACUCUAAUGGAGGAGGAGGGAGAGGAGGAGGAAGAGAAGAGGGAGGAGGAAACCAGGAGGGAGGCAGACAGGAACCAGUGGGAGAGCCAGACAUACUGUCCUUUCUUCUCAUUCUCCUCCCUGUCUCUGUCCUGCAUGGCCACCCUGCCCGAGCUGCUCCAUCGCUGGUGCUCCGCCCGGCUGGCCAAGGAGAGACUGCGUAGCCUUAAGAGGAGGCACCUUAGCUCUCAAACACAGACUGAUCCUGCAGUUACCACCCCUGCCCUCACACACACUCCUCCACUGAUCUCUGCUCCUUCCCCAACACCUCAACAAGAAGCCCUUCCUUUCACAGAAAAAGCUCCAGAACCCGAGGUGUCUGUUAAGGGCCAAAAUGAGGGGAAGCCUGUCGGUGAGGUGCACACCACUGAUGCAGAUCUCAACAUUCACACACCUGAUGCACACACUCCAGAGCUCAACAUCCUCCUAGAGCCUAGUAGAACCGCCACCAUCCCCCCUCACAGUUUCUCAGACAUCCAAAGCUCCCUGACCCGACCUACCCCGACCCACGAGGAGAUGCUGUUACCUCCAGUUAAAGACGCAGCCCUGGACCCUCUCCCGACUCCCCCUCUCCAAGCUGGCUCUAUCCCAGAGACACAGCUGGCCAGCAGUGCCACCCCGACUCUUUCAAUCAGCACUCCCCAGCAACCUCUGUCGUCCGAGACGGCAUCUCCCGGUGUUGUGGUUCCCUCUCUUAAAGAGCAGCCUGUUCAGCCUCUUCCCACUGCAACAAGGCCUGAAGACCUCAUCCCCCCUCCCACUGAACUGCCAGCAGCUGUCCCACCGACUGACACUCAGACAGACACAGUUAAGUCAGGCACAGACAGCGGGGACUCGCAGAGACAAAGUGCUCAGGCUCCUCAGAUCCACGGGGAGCAGGGGGACGCUCUCUCUCAGACAGUAGAGCCUCAUCGGGUGGAAGACACAGUGGAAGAGUUCUUGUUAAGCACUAAUGGGAAUGGCAACAUCCACCGAACUGCUACAGACUUCUACGCAGAGCUGCAGAACGGUGGAGAUUAUAAUGGCGGAGCGGUAAACGGGAACAGCGUGUUACUGAAUGGAGGAGCUGUUCACGGCUCCAGCCAGAAGGAGAGUGUGUUCAUGAGGCUGAACAACAGGAUCAAAGCUCUGGAGAUGAACAUGAGCCUUUCCAGCAGAUACCUGGAAGAGCUCAGCCAGAGGUAUCGUAAACAGAUGGAAGAGAUGCAGAAAGCGUUCAAUAAGACCAUCAUCAAGCUGCAGAACACUUCCCGCAUCGCUGAGGAGCAGGACCAGAAACAGACUGAGUCCAUCCAGAUCCUGCAGAGCCAGUUGGAGAACGUCACGAAACUGAUGCUAAAUCUCACAGCAACAGUCAGCCAGCUGCAGAGAGAGGUAUCGGACCGUCAGAGCUACUUGGUGGUGUCUCUGGUUCUGUGUCUGUCUCUGGGGCUCCUGCUGUGUUUGCAGUGCUGCCGCAGCUCGUCUCCCAACCCCAGCACCAACACUGCUGCUCUUCCCAAGAGCAACCACUACCCCAGCCCCAAGAGAUGUUUCUCCUCCUAUGAUGAUAUGAGCCUAAAGCGCAGGGUGACCUGCCCGCUUGUUCGCUCCAAGUCAUUUCACCUGUCCUCAACAGAAGUAGGUCCAGAUGACUUGUACAUUGUAGAACCUCUAAGGUUUUCUCCAGAGAAAAAGAAAAAACGCUGCAAGACAAAGUCUUUGGACAAAGUUGAGACUCUGAAGGUGUUCGAUCCCUCUGCUCUCCUCGCAAAUGGGGAUCCCAAGUGCAACGGCUUCCACCCAUGUCUCCCGGCGCCUCCUCCCCCUCCCCUUCCCUUGCCUCCGCCUCCCCCUCCGCUACCCGCUUUGCUCCCUCCUCCUCUAUCCACAGAGGAGGCGCUAUCAUUGCCCACUUGCACAUCCAAGGAGGCCACCCCAGAAACCACCAGCUGCAGCUCAUCCACCCACUCCGAGGAGUCGUACACGAGCCGCCUCCCCCCUCCCUCCCCCAUAUUCCCCUCCGCCGGCAUGUGCAACGGCCACGGCCUCUCCUUCCCCCUCAGCCAGCCUCCCACUAAGUCCCGUCAGGAGAAACGCUCGAUGAAGCGUCGGAAGUCCCGACAGACGGAGCUGCAGUUCCCCCACAUGCCAGGCGGGAGCGUCGGCGCUCUGCCCAGCCUGCAGCAGCUUAUGAAGGGAAACAAGGAGAUGAGCGUUGGGACCAUCGGGGUGACAGCGGUCACCGGACAUGUCUGAAGACUCACACUUCACCUUAACAGCAGCUUUCUGUUCACAACCGUACACACACACACUAUAACGGUAGCAGACUCGAGUGAGGAGAAGAGGUCUGAUCACAUCCCAAAGAACCACAUUUCCCAUGAGCACCCAGGCGCACCGUGGAACUGAAGUGGCUCUGGCAGCAGUAGCUCGACAUCACCCAGUCCUCAUCCACUCCUGUCAAAGACCUGUUUACGGUUACGUGCCUUUAUAUCUGUUCUAGACCUUUUAAUUCUGAAAACAUGAAAUGUAGAGAAUUGUGCACAGAGAGACACUGUGGCGGGGAGCUAAGCAUCCGACAGAUCCAUCGACAUGUUUUUUCUACUGGAUAAGCACAUCGUCCCAUGACAGUUGAGCACCGGUGAAAUUAGUUUUUCCACUCUGAGCACAGUGAGGGGAGGUGCCGGCCUCAACUCGACGUUCCUUGGAUGAGUAACAGGCCGCUCUUUGGGAUGAAAUGUGAGAGAACUGCGGAGCAUGACAUACUACUUCUCUUAUCCUUGUUUCUUUCUGUCUUCUUUUGCCAUCGUUUAAUCUAAUCCAUCCUGUCUCAGUCCUGAAACGACUGCAGGUGUUUGUUUGGGACCAGAGUGUUUAAACUUUCAGUGAUUCUCCUCCUCUGUCUCUGUCAGCGUGUUCCCAACCAACCAUCAAGAGCUGAAUGAAGAAAAUCCUUUUGCAUGGCGUGAAAUGGUCUGAAUGUGUUAGCCCUGUCAGUUUAGUGCCCCAUUUAACCUCAUAAUACAAAUGCAGCAGCAGCAGUCUGUGGAUCCCACACAGUGAAUCAUUCUCCAGUUAUUCGGGCUGGGCCCAGAAAAAAAAAAAAAAAAACACUGCUCACGCACCAGGUGAAGAGAGAUGAUGCUGUCACGACGGAUUUUAUAACUGUGAUGAAGGUAAACAGGCCAGAGGCAAACUGUGUUUUAUUGUUUUCACGACGUGUUGUUAUUUCUUUCAUCCGCAACUGAGCCAUGUUCCUCCUUUAUCAUUGAGGGUUGUUUGAAUUAUCCUCACAACCAGUAUGUUGGAAACUUCUUUUUUUUUUUUUUUCUCCUUGUUGAGGGCACAAUAUACUGUCGGAACACAAACACACACCUCUACUGGGACCCUGCAGAUGAGUCAGACAGACCAGUUUUAUUUAUCUAUUUAUUUAUUUAAAUGACUAGAGAUUUUUUCUAACCUAGGCACUGGUUUGUCAGUCUUUCAAUCCUGCAGUGUCACAGUAGCUCAUCCCUGCAAGUAUGCUACACACAAAUGUUACUCUACGGUACAGACACACAGUCAUGGUGGAUGGCUCGACCACAUUAUUGCUCUUUGUCAUGUUUCACAUUUUUAUCUCAGGCUCUCACUUUAUAGCAGCUCUUUGUUGCGUUUGCCUCGGCCUGAAAUAUCAGACAAGAAUGAAUGCGUGUUUAUGAGGAUCGUCACACUGCUGCUUUUGUGUCUUGUCCAAGCUGCUGGGUAGUUGGAAGUAGUGCAAAGGGCUAAGCUGUUCAUUAUCGUCCCGCCUUCUCUUGUUUCAGCAUCUUCUCUAGAUUUUAAUUCGCCCUGUUUGUUCUCAUGACUGACCUACAAUAACAAUCAGUUUUAAAAGUUGCAGGCAGUUGCAGUUACGAAAGGAGGGUUAUUCUUUAUUGUGUGUGUGUGUGUGUUUUUAAAUGAUAAAAAAUCUAAAUGUACGUUUCUAUUUCUGACUGGCUCCGUGAGGUCGGUUUUGUGCACAUUCUUGGACAGAGACAGAACUUUGCUCUAGCGCCGCUGCUCUAACACAAGAGCUUCAUUACCUCUUCUGACCAGCUCCUAACAGCUCUCCUUUGCUCCACGAGCCUCCCACCCCCACCACUUGCACGACUUCCUCUCUUUAAAUAUGCCUGCUUUUAUGAAACCACUCUGGAAAUGCUUUCUCAUUCUCCACGUCUAGCGACCUUUCUGUGCGUCCUCACUCUCACCGUACACUCCCCUCGGUCUUUUAUUCACUUGUCAUUGCUCUACGGCUUCAUGUGUUUGCCCCACCUUGAAUUGAGAGCGGAGAGUAGGAAAUGAAUUGUUUUGCCGAAUAAAGGGAACGCAGGAAAGAGGAGUCUAAUUUGGAACACUAAAAAUGUGAUUGCGUAUGUUCCACAAGCCGAGCAGAUCCUGAGUGUUUUGUUUUUUUUUUACCCUUUUUUGAAUGUGUAUGACAUGUUCGUGAGUCUAAACCUGUACGCAUGUGAGAUUUACUGUGUCUCCUCUGUGUGUGUGCGUGUGUGUGUCUGUGUUAUGAGAAAGACUACUUUGAAUCUAUUUACAUCCAUAACACAGAAAAUGGGGAGAAAGCACUUCUGGGAGCUCAGUGUGCACUUUGUGUGACUCCUCAUGCCUUUUUGUUUUUCUACCUUAUAUGUCAAGUGCUAUCUUUUCUUCUUCUUCUUCUCUCUCCCUCUCACUCUCUCUCUCUCUUUCUCUUUUUCUGUCUGUGAGUACUCUGAAGAGCUGCACAGUAUUUUUGAGCAGGAGUGAGUUACUACAAAAACUGUAGUGCCAUUAGAAACUGUGAAUUCUUUCUAAAUAAAACCUUUUUUUGUCGUCUUUUG